GUGCAAGGUAAUUCUUACCCCGCUCUCCCCUAUGUGCCGGCACAGUGCAGACAGAGGUUGUAAACAUGGCGGCGGACGGGAUGGUGCUCACCAACCACGACCAUCAGACCCGAGUGGGGAUUCUGACGGUCAGUGACAGCUGUUUCAAGAACUUGGCUGAGGACAGGAGUGGAGUCAACCUGAAGGACCUGGUCCAUGAUCCCUCACUGCUAGGAGGAGUCAUAGCGGCCUACAAGAUAGUUCCAGAUGAGAUUGAUGAAAUCAAGGAAUCUCUUCUGGAGUGGUGCGAUGAACAGCAGCUGAAUCUCAUUCUCACUACAGGAGGAACCGGAUUUGCACCACGAGAUGUUACACCUGAGGCCACCAGAGACGUGAUAGAGCGAGAGGCUCCAGGUAUGGCUCUCGCCAUGCUGAUGGGAUCACUCAACGUUACACCGCUAGGCAUGCUUUCCAGGCCAGUGUGUGGUAUCCGUGGUAAGACCCUGAUCAUCAACCUGCCAGGGAGCAAGAAGGGCUCUCAGGAGUGCUUUCAGUUCAUCCUGCCCGCUCUGCCCCACGCCAUUGACCUGCUGCGCGAGGCCACUGUCAUGGUGAAGUCCACUCACGCCGCCCUGGAGCAGCUGCCCUCCCCUUCCCCUCUGCUGGCCAACACGCACAUCGACACGCACAUCAACAUGCACACCAUGGAGCGCGGCACCCAGUGCGAGGAUGAAGAGGACGAGGACGACGAGGAGGAGGACAGGAGGCGGGGUCCACAUGUGCACAACCACCACCACCACCACCAUCACCAGCAUGGCUCCUCCCACAUCACCGCAGCUGCCAUCGCUGCCAAGACGAGCAAUGCUGCGGUCAUGGCUAAGGGCGGUCCCUACCUGCUCGGCAACACGCCUGCCCCGCCCACUCAUUUCACCUGCUCCUGUACCCAUGACCAGCAGAUCCCGGAGUCAAUCAUUUCUCGAGGCGUUCAGGUGCUGCCUCGAGAUUCCGCCUCUUUAAGCUCCACCCCUUCCGAGUCACCACGGGCAACACAGGCCACCUCCCGCCUUUCCACCGCCUCAUGCCCGACACCCAAGGUUCAGUCACGAUGUGGCAGUAAUGAGAACAUUCUGAGAGCCAGCCACAGUGCGGUGGACAUCAGCAAGGUGGCACGUCGUCAUCGCAUGUCUCCGUUCCCGUUGACGUCAAUGGACAAAGCCUUCAUCACUGUUCUAGAGAUGACACCUAUUCUGGGAAUUGAAGUCAUUAACUACAGAGACGGUUUGGGUCGAGUGCUCGCUCAGGACAUCUAUGCCAAAGACAACCUUCCUCCAUUCCCUGCUUCCGUUAAAGACGGCUACGCUGUACGAGCUGCCGACGGCCCUGGAGAUCGCUUCAUCAUGGGAGAAUCACAGGCCGGACAACAGCCCACACACACAGUGAUGCCAGGUCAAGUGAUGAGGGUGACGACCGGGGCUCCGAUUCCUUGCGGAGCCGACGCAGUGGUCCAGGUGGAGGACACAGAGCUGCUGAGGGAGUCUGAGGAUGGCACAGAGGAGCUGGAGGUGAGGAUUAUGGUCCAGGCCCGGCCCGGACAGGACAUCAGGCCCAUAGGUCAUGACAUCAGGCGAGGGGAGUGUGUGUUGGCCAAAGGGACACACAUGGGCCCAUCAGAGAUCGGCUUGCUGGCUACAGUGGGAGUGACCGAGGUCAGCGUGCAGAAGUUCCCUGUGGUGGCCGUCAUGUCCACCGGAAACGAGCUGUUAAAUCCAGAGGAUGAUCUCCACCCAGGGAAAAUCCGAGACUCCAACCGCUCCACCCUGCUGUCCACCAUCCAGGAGCACGGAUAUCCAACUAUCAACCUGGGCAUCGUUGGAGACAACCCUGAUGACCUGCUGUCAGCUCUCCAUGAGGGAAUCAGUCGCGCCGAUGUCAUCAUCACCUCAGGGGGUGUGUCCAUGGGAGAGAAGGACUACCUCAAACAGGUGCUGGAUAUUGACCUUCAUGCUCAGAUCCACUUUGGACGAGUCUUUAUGAAGCCAGGUCUUCCUACUACCUUUGCCACAGCUGACAUCGAUGGAACACGGAAACUUAUCUUUGCUCUGCCAGGUAACCCAGUGUCUGCAGUAGUGACAUGUAACCUGUUUGUGAUUCCUGCUCUGAGGAAGAUGCAAGGCAUUCUGGACCCUAGACCUACAAUUAUUAAAGCUAGGGUAACACACACGCACACACACACACACACACAUUUCUACGGGCUCCAACCGACCUUUGACCUCCCUGUGGAGAGGAGAUUAAAAGGAGAACGUCCCUCUAGAAUUCAAUAGUGACCGUCCACUUUCUGAACGGCUCCGUUUCCAAAGUGGAAUUCCCAUUCAUUCACUCUGUUGUCUUUUCAGAAAAUCCUUUACAUAAAGAGUUAAUUAAACCAACCACGAACUCAAUCAUGACCUAGAAAACAUUUGAUUUAGCAAAAAAAAGGUACAAGACUGUGUACAUAAUUAUUUUAAAAGUGAAGGAACUACUCAUCCCAUAAACCAUUGCGAAUGGCAAACGCCGCCUCAGGAAACUCCCGAAAAACUUCUAAAGUUUCUAAACAUCUAAAAUGAAGAGGUAAACAUUUCCAUUGUAACAGUGAGCUCCACCAAUCAGAGAGCUCGUUGCUACUGUUGAAGAUAUUGGGUGGUGUAGUACUUCUCCACAACAUUGCAAAUGUGUUUCUUAAAACAAGGUUGACGUCACACAGACUUUGAUCUUCUACAGGAGCAUCUACCAUCGUUUGACAAUCUCAUAGCUAGUGGUGAGUCUACCUUGGAUGGUUACAACAUUAUGGCCAAUAAUUAUAAUCCAGAAUAUGAAGGGUUUUCUUUACUUCUGGAAUCUCACUGUUGAGCUCUACGGGGGAACUAUAAUAUAGUAUGUCACAUUAAGUAACUGAGUACUUUCUGUGAAUAAUGAAAUGGAAAAAUCCACAGUUUGAAAAAAAAUGCAUCUCAGAACCCAUCAGCCCAUCACAGCUUUUAACAGAAACCUACAAGCAGAGGUCUGUGCAGAAAUGAAUGCCGUUCACUGUCAAUGGUAAUCAAUAACAUUUAGUGUACAGACACGAGAGUGGUGUUGAUCUUCUUACUCCCAGAAAAUAGUGUGAAGCAAUGUACCAAGACAACAUUGGUUUUAUUCAAGUAAUACCUGUAAAUUUGAGGUUUUGGACUAUGUAAAAUCUAAAUUUGAUAAGUCCUUGACAUUAUAUAUGUGUGUGUGUUUGUGUGUA